GCAGACGCGCGCCGGGGCAGUGGGGGCGCCGCGGGAGAGGGCUGGGGUCCCGGAGAGGCGCCGCCGCCUCCGCUGCCCGCCCCGCCCGCGGUGCCAAGCUAGAUACACUGUCCCGAGCUUUCCUCCGGGCAGGCAGAGGGAAGCCGGCUGGGAAUGAGGAGUGGAGGAGGCAGGAACGCCUGGGACGCUCGCGGGGCAUGGGACACUCAGCGCGGCGCCCGUAAGCACGCGCCUGAGUCGGCUUUCUGCACUUGUGCCUUGGGAGAGAGCUCUGGGGCCCUGAGGGCCUCGUGUCGUCCAGCGUGCCUGAGUUGGCCGGCUCCAUGUGAAAAGAAGGUGUGAAAGGUUCUGGAGUGUUUCCUUUUCACCAGCGGUAUGUGCAGUGUGCACAUGUGUGAAUUGGCUGGCAAGUCUGAAAGGGAGGCGGCCCAGUUGGCCUGGGCGGGACAGCAUCUUAACUUGAGUCUCAGCUGCUGUGUGUGCAAGAGGAGCCCAGCAGCCAUGGCCCACUUUAAGACUGAGCAGGAUGACUGGCUGAUCGUCUACCUGAAGUAUUUACUCUUUGUCUUCAACUUCUUCUUCUGGGUCGGGGGAGCAGCUGUCCUGGCCGUGGGCGUCUGGACCCUGGUGGAGAAGAGUGGCUACCUCAGCGUACUGGCCUCUAGCACCUUUGCUGCCUCUGCCUACAUCCUCAUCUUCGCGGGUGCACUUGUCAUGGCCACCGGCUUCCUCGGCUUCAGUGCCAUCCUCCAGGAGCAGAAGGGCUGCCUCUCCACGUAUUUCUGCCUGUUGCUCGUCAUCUUCCUGGUUGAGCUGGUGGCAGCAGUCUUAGCCCAUGUGUAUUACCAGAGGCUGAGUGAUGAACUAAAGCAGCACUUGAACCGGACUCUGACCAAGAACUACGGGCAGCUGGGAGCCACGCAGAUCACCGCCUCAGUAGACCGGCUCCAGCAGGAUUUCAAGUGCUGCGGAAGCAACAGCUCAGCCGAUUGGCAGCGCAGCACGUACAUCCUGUCGCAGGAGGCCGAGGGCCGCCGGGUGCCUGACAGCUGCUGCAAGACAGUGGUGGUGCUCUGCGGCCGGCGGGCCCACCCCUCCAACAUCUAUAAGGUGGAGGGAGGCUGCCUCACCAAGCUGGAGCAGUUCCUGGCCGACCACCUGCUGCUCAUGGGGGCGGUGGGCAUCGGGGUGGCCUGCCUGCAGGCUGAAUCCCAGUCAGUCUCUCCCCCAGAGAACAUGAAGGAAGAUACCUGGGGACAACAUGAACUUAUCAGGAACAGGGACCUGGGAGAAGUGUGAGUGUGGGCUCAGGCAUGUGCACGCACCCCGUGUGCACACAGGGAUCUGCGGGAUGGUUCUCACCUGCUGCUUGCACCAGAGGCUCCAGCGGCAUUUUUACUGAUGGUCAACCACCUCCUCUUCCAACUGCCCUGCAGGAGGACAGGUGGCCACAUGCCAUCCACAAGGCCUACAGAGUUAGCACCAGCUCCACUAGGGCCAUAGAUGCCCCCUCCUUUGUGCCCAGCAUCUGCAAAUACACCAAGUGCCUGAGACCAUAGCUUCUACUGUGCCCACCCAGGCAGGGACCCUCGGACCCCCUCCUCCACUUCUGAGCUUCCAUGGCCAGAUCCUGGGCAGGGAAAUGAUCCUUUCAGGAGACAGCCAGAGCUCCGCACCAGGCACAGGGACACCUGUGGACUAGGGGAGGUUGACAUUUAGGCUCUUUGCUCCCUCCCAGCUCUUGAACCUGGAACAAUGGGCAGAUAACCCAGGUCCCCUGGGUUUUCAGCACAGGAUUCCCCCACCCAUGCUCAAAAGCCCUGACCUUUUGCAUAGUGUGGGGCGGGGAGAGCUGGCAUUUUCCCCAGAAGACCUUGCUCUUUGACCUGCCCAAUGUCCACACUGCCUCACCUGGAAAGCCACGUCCUGCUGGCCUCACUCCUUCCUGCAGGACCUGGGCAGGGCAGCCACAGGCUGGGUGGAGCUGCCCUGGCAGGGAGCAGGGAGCAGGGGGAACAGGGGGUAAGCACAUGCUGCACUGGGAGCAGAGCCCUGUGCCUGCCUAGCAACCUUCCAGGGAGAAACCCCCUGGGGAGACCCUGGCCUCUAGGGACAUGCUCCCCAGAGGGAUCUCCUGUUCCGGGGCCUGAUUCUCAGGAACAUCAGGUUUUUAAACCAUCUUCAGCGCCUAAUGCUGGUGGGUGUCAAGCAUUUCCUGGAGUGGACCAACUCACAACCCUUCAAAGUCAGAGCCACUGAGAAAGGGCAGCUCUGAGUAGAGGGGAUCUGCCUGAGCCUCACUUUUCCUAGGGCCUCUCCUUGACCCCGUGGCCACCAGCGCUCUGCUUCCCCUCCCUCCCGUCCUAGAGUGAACAGAGCUUUUGCCUCGGGUUCUCUCUUGCAUCACUAAAUUCAGCAGGGAAUUUUUCAGUAAGAACGUUCCCCAGUGCUAAGGGAGAACAGAAAGCAAACCCUAGAAAUUACAGAGUAUCUAUGCUGGCAAUUUUCCAGAGAACAGGUAUCAACUUGUACAACACCCAUAGGGACCCCCCAAAAAUGGCUGUUACAACGGGGCAGCCCAUUACACUAAAAUCCCUCGCCUGGCUUCCACCCUCCCCAGGUUCUGCACUUCUCCCCCAGGGCAGGACCCUCUUUUGUGCCCCCUACGAAGGGGGCCACCUUGAUGUGCUACCACUGAGGCAGAGACAGGCCCCAGCUCGUCUCCCCACUUGAUCCAACUUGCACCAUGAUGAGCACGUUGCUAACCCAGGCCAGUCCUGGGGGAGGGGUGCUCUGUCUUUCAUGCAUAGGAGUGGCCUCCAGUGCUGACCCCAACAGGGCCCUGAACUGUCCAGAUACUGCAUCCUCAGCACAAGAAGUACCCACAUGGACAGAGGGAAGCCCAGCUGCGGGGCCAGUUGCCUCCUCUCCUCUGGGUAUUCUCCAGUGGCUUCUUGGAGGCUAGGCUGGUUUAUCUCCCCUGCCUAAAAGACCCUGGAGUUGCUGAUGCAAAUUCGUUAAAAGCAAGACCAGAUAUCCCAGACUGCAGGAGGCCAAGAGAAACUGUGGCCGCCCUCCCACCUCCUGGGACUCACGCAGGAAAUCAAAAAUGAACUGUGACUCCCAAGCUCUCUGAAGGGCUAGAUCACAACAGAUAAGUAAUAACAGAUAAGAGGGAGAAUGGAGAGAGAAAGAGGGUACUGGGCUAGAGCCAUGUUCUUCCUGACGGGGCGUUGGGGGAAGCAGCAAUGGGCAGGGGGUGCUGGGGCCUUAUCUGUCUGCCCUGGUGGGGAAGAGAGACAGGUGGCAGGCAAGUGUCCUGUGCACAGCCUUGUCACUGCGGGCAGGCCCAGGAGAGCUGCCCCAUCUGCCCCAGCCCCAUGUGAUGGUUGGGCCGGCCUGACUGGAGAGGGAUUAGCUGCUUCCUGCCUUGUGUGUCGUCCAGCCAGACUGCCACUUGGAGGAUGGCUGGUCCAAGCUGCAGACAGUGGCAGAACCACCCAGGGCUUCUUGGAAAUCUGACCACCUCAUCCAUGCCAACAGCCUGGGAGAUGAGACAAGGUUAGAGGAAAUGGAGGCCCAGGAUAAGGCAGGUUCUGCCUGGGAGUGCACAGCAGCUGGAGUCCGGAGUCAAGGAUGUGGUCCCCAGCAGGGCAUGCCCCUCCUGCUGACGAGGGCACAGAUCCAGGCCCAGGUCAGUUCCUCCCACGCCUCUGCUUGGAGGCUGGCAGUCUUGAGAGAGAGAAGACAUGCCUGUGGAACACCACCAUCAAUCCUGUGCAGGCGAAAGGCCCCUGCACACCGGGGCCCCAGGAAAGCAGCAUCAGGUGCUGGGAUGCCACCCAGCUGGCACGAGCAUGUCCUUGCCCUGCACACACCAUGCUGCCCUUUCCUAAGCUCGCAGGGGCAGACACCAAGAGAGAAGGGCACGUCAGCAGGUCCCCCCGGGUGACCUGCAUCAGGACAGGAGGCAGGAAGGAAAGGUGGCCUUGGCUGAGGGGAUGGAAUGUGUGUGCCCAUUCUUCUCUUUCUCCCUCCUGCUUCCCCAGCACUCUAACCCCAUCUCCAGGAGCCCCUCAGGCAGAUAAGUAGGGAGUGUGUCCGGGGAUUUUUUGUGUUUAUCAAGGGCCUGCUGUGCACUUAGAAUCUGUCACCAUAAAUACUUAUCUUGCAGUUACCCCAGUAAGAGGGUUACUUCUCACAUUUUAUAAAUGAGGAAAUUAAGGCUGGGCAAAGUUAAGACUUGCUUGUCAAUGGUAAUGGCUGUUGUCUUGCCACCGCAAGCCAGGGAGAAGGAAGGAAAGCUGGGCCAGGAGCCCCUCUCCUCAGUAUCCCCCAGUUUUCCAUCUCUGUAAUGAGCCAUUGGGCUGUCAUUAAGGAACAAAGUGUCACUCAGGGGGCACUGUCACAUAGCAGCCACCACCAUACCACCUUCACAUGUGCCGAGGGUUCAGAAGCCUGGCUCAUUCAGGCUGACAGCUGUGCCCCCAGGUGCAGGGGCUCAGGCAGCAGGCAGGAGCCCAAGGGGCCAAGGCCCAUGACAGCCACCCAGCCCAUCACCCCAGGUGCCAACAAUGACCCCAAAGUGAGAGCAGGAACUGUCCCUCAGCCCUCAGAGCAUUUGUGCAGGGUGUGGAAUCUCAUGUCCACAUGGAGAUCUCCUCUCAGGCCACACCCACUCCCAGGGCAGGAAGGGGCAUGCUGGGGGUGUGUUGACCACCUUCCCUUCAGGUGAGGCCAUUCUCUGCCUUGUUUCUAACCCCUGCACGGAGCACCUGCUGUUGCUGGGGCUCUGGGGUGUACCCUGUGUGAUUUCUUUCGGGGAGCUUGUGCUGUGCACAGCCAGAGGGCCCAGCAUGGCCCUGUAGGGUGUGGGGGGUAUAUGGGAGGUCACUGUGAUGUGACUUGGGGCCGUCCUGCCCUGAAGCCAGCUUUGGUUUCAGAAUCUGCUAUUUGGGCCCCGCUUCAGGGUCUUGAGGCUGGAGACGUGAGUUGUAACAGCCAUUGUCAUCACCACCCACCCUGCCACCACCUAGAAAACAUUCUUGAUGUACUGGCCACUCUGGGCCUGAGUCUUUUGCAUGGCUGCUGUGCUGGGCUCACAUCUGCUGAGGGUAUAGUGACCAAGCAUCUAAACCAGUCGUUCUCAAACUUGGCUGAGCAUCAGAAUCACCUGGAAGGGCUUUUCCAAACAGAUCGCUGGCCCUACCCCAGAGUUUCUCAUCAGGAGGGGCAGGGCCAACAUUUGCAUUUCUAACAAGUUCCCUGGAGCUGCAGCUGCUGGCCCUGGAACCACACUUUGAGAACCACUGCUUUAGACCAAACCCCAAAGGAAGAUGCGCCACCCUCCUUUGUAUGUCACAGCGCUCAGGGUUCACAAGUCCCUCAGGUUCUCCAGCUGAGCUCCACCUGCAGCAGCUGAGAUUCCCAACUCACUCCACCCCAUGAUCAGCUCACCGCCUACCAGGAAAGCCUCUCUGCAACGCAUCUGUUCAGGGCCUGCUCUUCCUAGAGGACUCUCAGAUGGUCUGUGAUCUUGGUCAGGAGACCAGUAGCCUGGGUCCCUUACUGGAAGGGGACAAGUUACACACCCCAGCCCAGUUUUCCCACCACCUUCUACGUGCCUUGGGAGAACCUGCUGCAUUUUGGCUACUCCCUUCCCCUAUUUCAGCCGUGCCCAGCCCUGCUUAGAAACCUGAGGCCUGCUCCCCAUGCCCUGCCCUGUGCAAGUGCCAGGCCUCGUUCCAGGUAGCCUGAUGUUGGUGAAGCCAGAUAGGCUCCUGGAACCAGCUGGCUGGUGGACGUGGAUCAUCACAGUAUUCUAGAAACAGAGACGAUGCCUACAGAGACCUAGUGCCUACAGAGAAAUUAUUCUCCUUGUAAACAUACCCCUGUCCUUAGCUGAUCUCGGUGGGAGCCCAGCUUCAUGUGCUAGGGGGCAUGAUAAUGAUAAUAAAGGAAUUGUAUCUAGCACUA